CUUUGAUAUUUUUUAAGCACACAUUUGAAAUUUGCAAGCCCCUAUAUAAACCUCCAAGUCUCAUACCACCUUAGCAUUACCCAACCCCCCAAAACACAAAAAACAAAAAACAAAAAAAAAACACAAACAAAUUUGAUUUGAUUUUGUAAAUUGUAAUGGCGGAGAUCAACUACCUUAAGCAAGAGGAGCCCAACGUCGUCGACGACGGAGCCGCCGCCGCCGCUGCCGCCAGGACGAAAAGGCUGCUGCUGAUCAUCAACUGCCUGAUCCUAGCCUUCGGAAACUGCGGCGGGCCCAUGAUCAUGCGGCUCUACUUCCUCCACGGCGGGAAGCGCGUGUGGCUCUCCAGCUGCCUCGAAACCGCCGGCUGGCCCAUCAUGCUCAUCCCACUCGCCGCCGCCUACCUCCGCCGCCGCCGCCGCUCCCCAACAACAACAACCAAACUCUUCCUCAUCGAGCCCCGCCUCUUCCUCGCCGCCGCCCUCAUCGGCGUGCUCACCGGCUUCGACGACUACCUCUACGCCUACGGCGUCGCCCGGCUCCCCGUGUCCACGUCGGCGCUUGUGAUCGCGACGCAGCUGGCGUUCACCGCCGGGUUCGCUUUCCUGCUGGUGAAGCAGAGGUUCACGGCGUACUCGAUAAACGCCGUCGUUUUGCUGACGGUGGGGGCCGGGGUGCUGGCGAUGAAUACCGAUGGGGACCGGCCGAAGGAGGAGUCGCGUAGGGAGUACGCGCUCGGGUUCGCGAUGACGCUGGCGGCGGCGCUGCUGUAUGGUUUUAUCUUGCCGCUGGUGGAGCUGGCGUAUAAGAAGGGCGGGCAAGAGAUUAACUACACGGUGGUGCUGGAGUUUCAGAUGGUGAUGUCGCUGUUCGCCACCGUCGUUUGCACCGUCGGCAUGCUGGCGAACCGCGACUUUCAGGUUGCGAUUCCAAGGGAAGCAAGGGGAUCAAACCUGGGAGAAACCCAGUACUACGUCGUUUUGGUGUUCAGCGCCGUCAUAUGGCAGGCCUUCUUCCUCGGAGCCAUCGGCGUCAUCUUCGUCGGCAGCUCUUUACUCUCCGGGAUCCUCAUCGCCGUCCUGCUCCCGGUGACGGAGGUCCUCGCCGUCAUCUUCUACGGCGAGAGUUUCCACGCGGAGAAAGGCGUCUCCCUCGGCCUUUCCCUCUGGGGAUUCGUCUCCUACUUUUACGGCGAACAUCGCGAGAACAACAACAAGAAGAAGAAGAAGUUGAAGCAGCGGCGGCUGUUGUUGGAUUCUGCGCCGCAAACGGAAAUGUCUCAGACCACGAAUCAAACAUGUGUGGAUGUCUGAAUCCGUGACAUGUUCAAAUAAAAGAAUGGAACUAAUUUGGUGUCUGAUUCCUCAUCGGAGCAUGUUUUGAAUGAAGUUAGUAUCGAGAAAGAUAACAUUUUGCCAAUGUAUGCCACUCAAUUCAUGGCUGCAAUUUUGCAAGGGUCGACUUUGACACUCGUUGCAUAUACAAAAUGGCCAAGAUACUACUCAAUCCCCAUCAAGCAAAAGGCACAUUUUUGUUGAAUUUGAUAUGAAGAACUGAUUCUGCUAGAGUAUAUGAAAAGACUUGGCAGACAUGGGUGAUAUGAG